UCUAUGAUUUGCUGUUUGUCAGGUAUGCAUUCCUCUUUGAUAAAGCCAUGUUUGUGUGUAAGAAGAAGAGUGGAGAGACCUUUGAGUUAAAGGAGAUCAUUGAACUACAGCACUACCAGAUACGAGAUGAAACCACAGGAGAGAAGGACAAUAAAAAGUGGUCCUAUUUGUUCCUCCUGCUGGACUGCUAUGGGAGGUGUGGGUACGACUUAUUCUUCAAAACCAGAGAACUGAAGAAGAAAUGGCUGGAGCAGUUUGAGAUGGCUCUGUCAAAUAUGUGUCCAGAGAACUCCACAGCCAACAACCACGACUUCCAGAUGCACUGCUUCGAGGACACCACCUCCUGCAAGGCCUGCUCGAUGCUGUUAAGAGGGAUAUUUUUCCAGGGCUAUCGCUGCACUCGCUGUAAAAUGGCUGCACAUAAAGAGUGUUUAGGCAGAGUCCCUGCCUGCGGACGAAACUCAGAUCACGCUGGCACUACGAGGAAGGUAAGAUUAUUCCUUUAGAGGUGAUGAAU